ACAGAAUGCUGACUCCUCAUUGGCUCAGGUGGAGUAUUAUAAAAAGAGCCUCGACAGUUCCUGGUUCAUUUUUCCUGUUUGCGAGUCAAGCGAGUGUUCGUCACUUUUGUCUUUCUCUGCGGGAUUAAAAGUGGCAAACAUCUUUUUGUUUCGCGCUGACAUCAUGAACUUGUUUUUAUUCUUUCUUCUGGUCGUGCAAAUGCACAGGGUGACGCCUGUGAUUCACACGCUGCAGUAUUUCCAAACUGCGUCCUCUCAAGUUCCAAACUUCCCAGAGUUUGUGAGUGUUGGUUAUGUUGAUGGAGUUCAGAUUUCUCACUAUGACAGCAACAGCAGGAAAGCAGAAGCCAAACAAGACUGGAUGAACAAAAUCACAGCAGAGAAUCCAAAAUACUGGCAGAGACAAACAGAGAUCAGUGUUGAUAGUGAGUUGAGGGACAAACACAACCUUGAAGUUCUUAAGAAGCGUUUCAACCAAACUGGAGGUGUUCACAUUCUCCAGAGGAUGUCUGGAUGUGAAUGGAAUGAUGAGACUGAUGAAGUUAAAGGUUGGUAUCAGGAAGGUUAUGAUGGAGAAGAUUUCAUAUCGUUGGACAUGAAGACAUGGACAUUUACUGCAGCAAAACAACAAGCUUUCCCCAGCAAACUCAAGUGGGACCAGAACAAACAUCUACUAGAACACAAUAAGUUUUACUACACUGAGAGAUGUCCUUCUUACUUGAAGAAGUAUGUGAACAAUGGGAAGGAGGUCCUAAUGAGAACAGAGCUUCCAGAGGUGUUCCUGCUCCAGAAGACGCCGUCCUCUCCGGUCAGCUGCAUGGCGACAGGUUUCUACCCCGACGGUGCCGACCUGUUUUGGAGGAAAGACGGCGAGCAGAUCUUCGAGGACGUGGAGCACGGAGAGAUACUCCCCAACCACGACGGAACCUUCCAGAUGUCGGUGGCGCUGAAAGUGGAGGUGACGGCCGACGUGGAGGGCAAGUACGAAUGUGUGUUUCAGCUGUCAGGCGUCAAGGAGGACUUGGUCACCAAGCUGGAGAGAAGAAGCAUCCUGAGCAACGCAAGCCAUGAAGGUGAGAAAGACACAUUUAGUUGGAGAUGUUUCCCAUCACAAGUCCACCUGUCACCAUUAUUGAUCCAUGUCACCAUGACAACGCUUGACGUCUGCAUGCAAAGUAGUCAUGAAGGUUUCCUCUUCAUGCUUUGUCACUCCACUUGUGCUUUUUUGCUCUCCACAGACAACUUGAGCGUCGCCCUCGCUCCCACGGCGGCGGUCCUCGCUGUGGCGGCCAUCAUCAUCAUCAUCAUCAUCAUCAUGGUCAUGGUCAGGCGUCACAGAAACAGACAAGCCCAGUACGGUCCAGCUGGUAAGUAAAACAUCUUUUCUUUGAGCCGCAAGAAACAAAGCCGUGGUGAAGCGUCACUCACAUGGAGGUCUGAUGUGGACCUUUGUUACAAGUUUAGCCGGAAAAGCCCAACUGGAGCUGACUCCUUCACAAUAAAAGUCCCUCCUGUGAGCACACGCAAUACAAAGUCUGGCAUAUCUCACUUUUGACAGGAGUCCUCAUGAUGAGGAUCAGCCAAAUGAGACAUCAAGUGUGCUGACUCGUCAUGUUUCCAAGUCACACCUCAAAGAUCUGAUGUGAGUGACGAGGCACCUUCUGGAUGUUCUUCCUUCACCGUUUGCGUUUGUCCCGCAGCUCGCCACGGCGGCGUGGAGCUCGACGAGAACGUGCAGGCGGCUGAAGGCUGAGUAAGCUCACAUGGACUGUCUGCACCUCCAAAUGUUCUUGUGUGAAGAUGAUGUUCAACUUGGAUUCACCUGCUUCUGUCGGGAAUGUGCUGAGUGGUCUUCUUCCUCCAGGAUGCUUUGUGCACUGGAACACAGGGAGAUGUCUCCAUCGCUGAGGGACGUCAUCACACUCGGAGAUGAGAUGGAGAUGUGCUUUGUUCUUCGUCCGACUGCUCCUCACGCUAUUCCAUGUAUUCUUCUUUGGCCGUUAAAAGACUUCCAAGAUCAAACGUUGGUGGCUGUAAAAUCGCACGUUUCAUGGCCUUGACGUCAUGACGAGGAUUUCUUCUUUUCCUUCAAUGGCCGCUGCUUAUGAUCAAUAUCACAUUGUGUCACAUCUCUGUCAAUAAAUCCGUUUUUCCUCCA